AUGACAGCAAGUCUGCCGCUUACGACGGUGAUCCAAUCACCCCCAGGCCCUAACGCGAGGCUUGUACUCCCAGGCCAAGGAUCAACCAACCCAACAACCUUCAACGAUGCAAUGAUCGUGCGCAUGCGUGUAUUUGUUGACGAGCAAAAAUGCUCCGCCGAAGGCGAGAUUGACAGUGAUGAUGCACGCAGCUGGCAAUGGGUUAUGUACGACCCAAAUUCGGCAAAUGCGAAGGCACCUGUCGCAGUCAUCCGGCUGGUGCCACCUCCACAGCCACCACAUGCUCUCCUCACACACCCAGAAGAUGUGGCUACAAAAAGCCUACCUGAAUUUGAUUGGGUCCAUGAGCCGUGCAUAAAGUUAACCCGCGUGGCCGUUAUGCCCGAAUACCGGGGAAAGGGACUGGGGCGGCGUUUGGUGGACACGGCCUUGGAUUGGGCGAGUGAUCACCCGGCUGAGAUUGAUGAGGCUGUGGCACAGUUGGCAUCCAUGUCAGACGGUACUGCUAGUGUCAAGAAUUGGGAGGGAUUGGUUCUUGUGCAUGCGCAAGUGGAUGUGGAGCAGAUGUAUCGUGGUUUGGGAUUCCAAACGGAUGAGUCGCUUGGUCGGUGGGAUGAGGAGGGUAUUGAACAUGUGGGAAUGUUCCGAAGAUUAGCAUUGGUUCGAUGA